AUGUCAAGCACUACCUUCACCUCUGGUAACAACUUGACCAUCAGUGUUGAUGCGGACUCGGACGAGGAAUUCGAUCGAAAUGAGGGGCGGAGACCGGGUAUGGUCAAGAAACGAGAACGGAAACUAAUGCUUAAACUUGCCAUCUCUUUCUUCCUCUUCGGCCUUAUCAAUAACGCAGGCUACAGCGUCGGCUAUUUUGCUUCGGGCACCGGAGUUGCUGGCCUGCUCGGCGUGGUCUGGUGGGAGAUGCGUGGGUUGGGUGUCCGCGUUGGAGUGUGGGUUAUCAUCAUCUGUCUAUCUCGUCUGUUUGAACUCCUCGUCACUGACUCACCAACCUCUGAUCCGUGUUUCUCGACAAUCAAGUGGAUCGGUCCGACACUUCUGUAUCCUGUGCCAUCGGCGAAAGACCACUGGCUGCUCAGCAAGAUCAUUCACUCUGUCCGGGAUUACUAUCCCCUGUGGCAACUUGUCUAUCAAUCAACCGUCUUCCUGUCCAGAUCCUCCAUUUCAUUCGAGAUCCCUGCUCUUCCCCAAAGCAUGCUCCCGCUACUCGCCAUCAUUCAAGCCAUCAUCCUCGUCGUCCUAGCCUAUGAGUCAGCGGUAGGACUGUUUGAUGACGGCGAUGAGGUCUGGAGCGUCUUGCUCGUCUUCAUUCUAAUCAGUCUAGAAGAGAUCUGCGGCAGCUUGGCAUACGUCAACGUCUUCUAUCGCGUUACUCACGAACCUCCGGAUCCAAACACACGCAACAACAUUGAACGAACGCGUCAAGAACGCGAGUUCAAGAUUGGCUCUAUCGGAUUCGCGGAUUCGACUGGUAUCCUGUUUGCUUCCAUUUUUGCGGUACCUACCGAGUUGGAACUUUGCAAAGCGCAAGUCCAGAGGGGCAAGCUCCUUUGCAAAGGGCUUUAG